CGUGAGAUCGUUCAAAUUCGUAUCGAAUCGGUCGGUGUCGAAAAUUGCGUCGUUCUUAAGUGCGAGAGAGAAAGAAAAAUAGAGAGAGAAGGAGAGAGAGAGAGAGAGAGAGGGAGAUAGAGAGAGAGAGAGGGAGAUAGAGAGAAAGAGAGUAAGAUGAAUAAGGAGAAACAGAGAAAGCAAGAAAGAGAGAGAGAGAGAGACGGAUGAUGCGCGGUGCGCAAGCUCUCGCGCGAUCCCUUUGUGUUAUUUUCGUGCGAGAAUCGCCGUUCGAAGCUUUAAAUAGGACCGAGUUUCCGACGAAGAAGGCAGUUUCUAAUACCGAUUCUACAUGUUGGAGCAUCGCACCGUAUUCGAUAUGCCAUUGCAUUGCAUCGCCAACCCGUUGCAACGGGAGUUGGCCGACGCCAUUAUAAGGUUGCAACCGCUGGAUGAAAUUCGGAUACUUCUCGCAUGCGGUGCAAGGCCGAAUGAGCCGGUAACCCAAGGUCUGAGACCUCUUCAUUACGCCGUAUGGCAGAGAUACACCGAUGCGGCUCAAUUGCUUUUAGUUCGUGGUGCUGAUAUCGAGUGCGGAUAUUCCGCGUUGCAUCUUGCCGCUGAGCAUGGUUAUCACGACCUCGUUAAACUUCUAUUAAAAUACGGAGCGAAGGUCGAUCAUAGAAAAGACACUGGGGAACUAUUUCCCAGGACCAUGUUGUGCGAUGAGCCUCUACGAUUAGCUUUGAGGAAUCGCCACGUCGAAGUGGCUAGGACUUUGUUGGAAGCUGGCGCCAAUCCAAACAAGAGAUAUUUCUUCGGUUCGGAGAUUAAUUUAGUUUCUCCGUUGGAUCUGGAGUGUAUGGAACUUUUAUUGGCUUUUGGCGCUCAACCUAAUAUGAGGGAUCGAGCUGGAUUGACCCCUCUAAUGAAGGCAACGAGAUCACCUCAGGGUAUCGCAUCUGUACUUCUGUUGUUGAGUUACGGAGCGGACGUGAAUUCUAUGGCCGAUGCCAGGCAUGAUUUUCGAACGGUUCUGCAUUAUGCGAUACUCGGUGGCGAUCCAGCAGUUAUCAAUCUUCUGCUAAAACAAGGUGCCAGGCUAGACCUUGGACCCGAUUACCAAAAGCCGACCGCAUUAGAUUUGGCUAUACUCAAGGGUGAUCCUUCGAUUGUCGAGAUGUUAUUGGAGUCUGGUGCGGACGUGAAUGCAACAUCACCAAUCAUUGGAUCAGCCCUUCACGUCGCCUGCGCGGACAACAUACCGAAUAGACUCCAAAUUCUUCAAAUGCUGUUAGAACGUGGCGCUGAUCCUAAUCUCGUAAUACGUAGCGACGAAGGUCUCUCGUUGCGUCCGGUUUUAGCGGAAUACGUAGCAUCUAACGAAAACCCGUCGGUCGAAGUUGUCGCGCUUUUGCUCAAAUAUGGAGCACGGGUUGUCAUAAAGACGCAGUUUCGCGAUCCACACGGCAUUUUAAAUUCCCUUCAGAAUACGGCAGAUAAACCUAGACUUUUAAGGGCACUCUUAGAAGCAGCGGAAAGUUUCGAUCCUUGUAUGAUAAAGAGAUCGAGUAGUUUGACCGACGCACAGAAGGCACUCGUUAUGGAAGCAGCGAGAACGCCUUUACCUUUGACCCAUCAAGCUAGGCUUAUAGUGCGCAAAUUAUGCGGCACUAAAUUACCGAAAAUCGUUAGAGAUCUUCAGUUACCCCAGUCGUUACAUCGGUAUCUUCUUUACGACUUUCAUUAGCGAUUCAUUCGAUUUCGUUCGAGAUUAUCGUUUGCUCACAAAAUAUCUAUCUGAUCAUUUCGCGAAAUGAUAUAACGAGGUUCUCCUUUCGUCGUUUAUUUAUACAUAUUAUUCCAUUUUCUUUUUCUUUUCUUAUUUUUUUUUCCAUCGCGUUUGAAACAUCCAUUUUUUUCUUUGUUUUUCUUUUGCGAAUUGACAAGGAUAGCUAUAUGGAAAAUCGAAAUCGAUACGAAAUUUAACUUUCUUAAAAGUUACCACUGUCGUGAGAUCUCCGUGUACGUGUAUUUCGUGCGUCUUUCAUCUACCUGAUUUGCGUAUCUUGAGAGAGACAGAGUGUGUGUGAGCGAGAGAGAGAGAGAGAGAGAGAGAGAGAGAGAGAGAGAGAGAGAGAGAGAGAAAGAGA